CCGCCCUUCGCCCUGUGCCCUGUGCCCGGAGCCCGGAGCCGGCGCCAUGUCGGGUCUCCGCUGCCUCCUGCCGCUGCUAACGCUGCUCGCCGCGCCCUGCCCGCCCGCCCUCAGCCUCCGGGAUGGGCCCGCCAGGAUCGGUGCGCCGGGGGAAAGCGGGGGGACACGGGAAAGCGGGGGGACACGGACGGGAUCAUUUUCCCAUCUUCUUCCUGAAGGCCUCUCAGAGACUUCAGGCCAGUACAGCCUUAAGGGUGUUUACAAUGGGGAGGAAUUUGUGUUUGAGGAGAGCAGCUGGUCYUUCAUCAACUUCCUCAAGCUKCUGUGGCACUAUGGCCUCAACCCCCUGCGCAUGUCCAUGUGGGUGGAGGACAUCCUGGACAAGUUCAUGAGAUUCCUGCUCCUGCAUUCUUUCCAGCCCCAAAAGGAUGUUUAUCCCCCACUCAUUUUCCCCACUCUGAUGGUGGAAAUCCUUGCAGGUGCCCUGUCGUUGGCCUGGGUGCAGUCAGGCCUUUGGUCUGUGAAAGGKGGGAACAAACUGGUGUGCAGCGGCCUCAUCUACUCCUCCAAGGCUGARGUUAUCCCGGCAACAGUUGUGUCCAUUGAGCCAAAAACCAGACCCAGGCCUGGUGGGGACCCGGUGAAGCUGUACCAGGUCACCUACAACACGUCCUCGGGGCUGACAGGGGACACCUACGACAUCGUGCUCAUCGCGGCCCCGCUCAGCCACAGGAUGGCCAACAUCAACUUCCAGAACUUCGACCCUCCCAUCCCAGAAUUCCCAAACCCCUUCCACCAGACCGUCACUACCCUGGUGCAYGGGCGCUUGAACGCCUCUUUCUUYGGCUACCAGGACCCCCAGGCCUUUCAYYUGGGGGCCAUUUUCACCACRGACAACCCCAAACUGUUCUUCAGCAGUCUGGAUGUGGUGUCACCGGUGGAGGAUUCCAGCACAGGUGGGAAGCUGCCAUUACAAUUUGCUGUCUGGAGAGUGUUCUCCAACGAAGUGCUCACCAAGGAGCAGCUCAAUCUGCUCUUCUCCUCCUACGACUCGGUGAAGGUGAAGCCGUGGUUGGCGUAUCCCGAGUACAGCGCCCCCGAGAAGUUCCCUCCCAUCGUCCUGCAUGARCACCUGUACUACCUGAACGGGCUGGAGCGCGCCGCCAGYGCCAUGGAGAUGAGCGCCAUCGCCGCCCGCAACGCCGCCCUGCUCGCCUUCCACCGCUGGCACGGCCACAGCGCCA